AUGAAUCCAAAGCCGCACACGAAACCCUAUCUCAAGGCAUUAAAGAGGUGGAGCUGCCGUGAGACGACACGCCACCAUGGAUCCGCCGCCGACCUCGACGGCGCUCGUGCGCAAGCGCGACGACACCGAACUGAUGCCCCCGCCCCUCAAGUGAAGCGCAUAAAACGCCCGAAGAAGGUCAUUGACGAAGAUACCUACACGGAUGCGCUUUCCAAGAUUAUCGCCCGCGACUUCUUCCCCGGUCUUCAAGAGACCGAAGCUCAGCACGAGUACCUCGAUGCCCUCGAAUCGAAGAACACAUCAUGGAUCAUCAACGCUGAUCAACGCCUACGCGAGGCCUUGACCCCUGCGAGGCGUGCAACCCCGCACCGUCGACGGCCGCCGGUGCCGGACGUCAAUACCAACGUCACUCUCGGCAAAUUCCAGUCGACGUACACCAGCGAGGACAACGAGAGUUUUUACAAGCUUUUGGACAAGCAGAAUCAGAAGCAAGCGGAUAAAAACGGUUGGAUCUGGAACGAGAAUAAGCUCCCAUCGAAGCAGAUGCUCAAGCAGCGCGAGAUCAACGACAGGCUUUUGACCGAAGGCAAGGAAGAGAUUCGGAACUCGGAUAACAGACCGGCACGUCCGGACAGCUGGAAAUUGGAACCCAGAAAUUCUCUCAUGUUCAUCCCUGAGGGUGUGGACGAUAACUAUCAGACCCCGACAGCGAGAGCCGAGGCCGCAUCGGCGAAACGGCUCGUUUACGAAAAUACCAGGGCGCCUCAUCCCAUCAUCCCCGCGAGGCCAAGCUCCCCUACUCUUUCCGCCAUCCGAGAUGCCGUCCACGGAGAAGUGAGGGAGGUGUUUAAAACGGACAGCAUCCUUACGGGCGGGAACGAAACGCCUCGGGUCAACGGCUACACAUUCGUGGACGACGAGGACGAGCCGGCCGUGCCCGAGGUGUCUAUACCGGUGAUAGACCUCGGGCCGGGCGAUGCAACGCCGAACCCUUUCAAGAUUCAGGACAAGAGGAAACGGGAGGCGCUGCACCACAAGAUGGUGGAGCGCAUCUCCCAAUCGAGACGCGAAGCCUCGCGGAACGGUUUCACGGGCAAGGCGGAAAGAACCCCGGUUCCAAAGUUCCCCUCUAGUCCCCGAGUUUCAGGCGGGCUAACUCCCGCUGCUCAGAGGCUUCUAAGUCGCAAUGCUCCACCCGCGACGAGGCCCGACAAAGCACUCAUGAAGCUCGCCGAUUUCGCCAUCGAUCUCGCCGCGGUCAUCCGAGCGACUCGAUCCGUCGCCUCCCACCAUGCAGCCCUCCGCGCGCGGCAGCUCGACGCGCUGAGCCGGACGUCGGGCAUUGGCCUAACUAGCGUCCGGAGGCGGGCACCCGAGACCCGCGACACUUCAACAGCCGCCGACGAUGGCGGUGCGCCGCUUGACGCCCGGGAGCCGCUCUCGGAAGCCGGGACGCAAGCUGCCGCAGAGGUAGGGGCAGAGGUGGGUCAAGGGAAACCGGUCGUGCAUACGCCGCACGCGCAGACGAUACGAUCCCCACGCCAUGCCGAUGGCCCCACGAUACGGGCAGCGGGAGCGGGCGCGGGAGUAGGAACAGGAGCGGGUGGCGUGCUGUCUCAGCUUCAGCAUAGGACAGAGGCCAAGUUCCCCGUGUCUUCCGGGGGCGAGGUGCACUCGCCGCUCAAACACCCGGCAGCUCCGCGGUACCAGGAUCCGCUGUCGGGAGCGGGCGGCCGGGAAGAGAAGGCAAAGGUGGCGGAUGAGCAUGAUGACCUCGCUCGGCAAGGGAGGGCGGCGGCGCGGAGCCCUGGUCAACCUUUGCCGGCUGCUCAGUACCCGGCGCCGUGGGCCGACCUACCGAGUUCAGCGCCAGUGAUCGAGGCCGUGACGGAGACUGCGGUGAGAGAAGCCCCAAUCUCGGACGCCCAGACACCACCAUCGCCGCCGCCGCCGCCGCCGACACCAAAGCCUGUCGAGGAGGCUCAGCCGCAAGCGCCCCGGGAGGCAGCAGAGCCGUCUGCGAGCGGAGCCGACCAGGUACCGCUUCCUAACCCGAUCCAGGGGCGCUCCUACGUACUUAGGGAAUCCAAGGUGCCGGCCACCCGGCUAAGUAGGAUAUGGAAUUACAGCGGCCUCGCGGCGGGGAUGCUGGGCGGAGCCUUCACGGAGAGCCUAGCCCGGGCGGUGGGCGGCAAGGGCACGGGCUCGGUGAUGCUGAGCGAGAGCAAUAUGGAGAGGCUGGUGGCCAAGUUAUCGCGCAUGCGGGGCGCGGCGCUCAAGAUGGGCCAGCUGAUGAGCUUCCAGGACGCCAAGAUGCUGCCGGGCCCCAUCCACGAGGUCCUCCAGAGGGUGCAGGACCGGGCCGACUACAUGCCGGCGUACCAGCGGGACCAGGUCCUGCGAUCCAACCUGGGGGACAACUGGCGCGACCUAUUCGACGAAUUCGAGGAGACGCCCAUCGCCGCGGCGUCCAUCGGCCAGGUGCACAAGGCCACGCUCAAGUCGAACGGGCGGGCCGUGGCGGUCAAGAUCCAAUUCCCCGGCGUGGCGGACUCGAUCAACUCGGACCUCGACAACCUCGGCAUCCUCCUCACGGCGACCAAGCUGCUGCCCAAGGGCCUCUACCUAGACAAGACCAUUGCCAACGCGCGGACCGAGCUCGGCUGGGAGUGCGACUACGAGCGCGAGGCCGCGUGCCUCGUGCGCUUCAAGCAGCUCAUGGCCGGGGAAGACGACGUCUUCGUCCUGCCCGACGUGCACGCCGAGGCGUCGGGCAAGCAGGUCCUCACCAUGGAUUUCUUGCCCGGCAGCGCCGUGACGCGCAUUGCCACCUUUACGCAGCGACAAAAGGACUGGAUCGGCACGCAGCUCCUACGCCUCUGCCUCCGCGAAAUCACCGAGUUCCGCUUCAUGCAGACGGACCCCAACUGGACCAAUUUCUUGUACAACGCCGCGAGCGACAAGCUCGAGCUCCUCGACUUUGGCGCCUCGCGCGAGUUCCCCAAGGCCUUUGUCGACCACUACGUCCACCUCCUCGCCGCGGCCUCGCGCUCGGACCGGGCCAAGGUCAAGCAGCUUUCCGAGGACCUGGGCUACCUCACCGGCCUCGAGAGCAAGGCCAUGCUCGACGCGCACAUCGGGUCCACGAUUACCGAGCGCGUCAAGGGCUUCAUCCCCGUCAUGCUCAAGGAGAGGCUCGCCCCGCCCCGGAGGAGACGUACAGCCUCCACCGCAAGCUGA